AUGACGAAGGAAUUUACCACGAUUUUAUCAGACCAAGUCAAACUCAAUCUAAUCCACUAUAACCUAUGGACACAAGUCCAAGUGCACAAUGACCACAUCCUAAGCGGCUUCCCACCUCAAAAACUAGCAUCUACUGAUCCCGAAAACAAAACCGAGUGGAUUGCAUGCAAGAGAUUGCUCAAUACGAAGUUGAGUGUGCAGGAGAUAAACCUGUGGUUCGAAGAAAUUAAAGCGAUUACCAGUGCGAAAGAUGGAGAGUCUAGUGCCAAACUGCGACUGGACAAAGUCGAAGAUGCAUCUGAACGAUUGAAGUCACUUGAUUUGCAAAACAUGACGGAAACUGACGCGAAAGUGACCAAUGGAGGUGUAUCAAGUACGGAUCAAGAUCCGAGGUGGGCGAAAAUGGAGAAUGUGAAUGGCAAGGGACGAGUGGAUAGAGUCACGGUUGCCUUGGUGAAUGAUGAUGGAACGAUUGUUUACUACUUCAUAUACGACGGAAUCACCAAGCCUCGACAAAACUAA